AUGGAACUUUUAAACGAUCGAGAAGUUGAUGAUACUUCCGUGUUAUGCAAACAUUUUUUACAAAUUUCAUGCAACUGGCAAAUUACAAAUAACAAGCAGUAUUAUGAUGCUUUCACUGUGACAGCUUCGUCUCAAGAAUCUGAAAAAACUAAUUAUGAAGAUAUAGUUUCCUUAAAUACAUGUAUAUCUUUACAACCAACUGAACCUAAUAACGAACCAUGUAUGUUAGAUAUAAAGUUAACUAAUGGUCAGAAAAUCUCCCGGAUUGCAUUAGUUUCUGAAGCUUAUCUAUUAGAAUUUUUCAAAGAAUUUGGGGAAUAUGAAACAACAAUAUAUGCAGAGUUUAUAGAUGAAUUUGAAGACAAUAUUGUUCAUUUUGCAGAAACAGCAAUUAUUCCACAUACCACAGAAGCUAGCAUUAAGUUUACAAAAACAAGACGUAAAAAACCUGUUAUGUGGAUAUAUGGUAUAAGGCUUUAUUUAACAGAGCCAAGUAACGAACCCAAAAACUUCUCCACAGAAAUCUUUAACCCUGAGACAAUUCAAACUUUCCUAACUAAGCUUACUUUUAAGAAUGAAGGGAACAAUGUCACAAAUGAUGUUCAUUCAUGUUUUAAAAAUCUUUUGAAUUCAUCAAGAACUAGAAGUACUCAAGAAAAUAAUGAAAAAGAAACAGAGCAGUCUACAAGUGAGAGUAAUGUAUCCAAUAGUGUAGAUAUUGUAAGUUACAUUGAUAAUAAAUUUCAAGACAUGGAGGCAAAACUAAUGAAAAGAAUUGAUGAAAUGGAGCAAAAAACAAAUGAAAAACUGGAUACUAUUUUAAAACAAUUACAAAGUUAA